AUGCUGCCCACACCACCUUCGGAAGAGACGCGCGACGAGACAGUGGCCCGCGAGCGCGUCGAGCAGUGGACCAACGAGCUCUUCCGCACCUCGCCCAUGAUCCGCUUCAUGUCAAAGCACCUCGCCCUCCUCUCGUGCGACCCGCGCGCCGCGCCCCCGUCCACCUACGUCCCUCCCUCUGCAACCUCAUCGCCGUCAUCAUCUCCCACGCCGAUACUUGCAGCAGCAGGGACGCAAACGGCGUCGCCAUCACCAUCAGCACCUACGCCACCACCCCCCAUCCUGAUCGCCACGUGCCCAAAGGCCGUCGCCGGCGGCUUCUCGCCUUCGCUCCCGGGCGAGCCCACGUCCUUUUCCUCGAUCCUCCUGUGCAGCAACCGGCUCUACUCCAAGGAGCACGUCGAGAACACCAUAUCCCACGAAAUGAUACACUGGUUCGACCACUGCCGCUUCAAGGUGCGCUGGGACAACCUCGCCCACCACGCCUGCAGCGAGAUCCGCGCUGCCACCCUCAGCGGCGACUGCGACCUCCUCCGCGAGUGGGGCAGGAGAGAGUACGGCCUCAAGGGACAGUUCCAGAAGUGCAUCAAGCGCAGAGCCGCUCUCAGCGUCGCCGCCAACCCAUCCUGCCAGGGCGACCUCGAGAGGGCAAAGAGGGAGGUCGACCUCGUCUUUGACAGCUGCUUCAAGGACACCAGGCCCUUUGACGAGAUCUAUUGA